AUGGUUGAUAAUUCUAGCGAGGAAUUAAAUAUCACCGUUGCAGUACGCUGCAGAGGACGAAAUGAGAGGGAAAUCAAAGCGAAGAGCGCAGUUGUCGUAACGGUCCCCGACGUAAAGGGUUCAAAUGAAGUGUCAAUUAAUACUUCUGGUGAUGUUGGUAUUGCUGCGAAAAUGAAUGCACGCACUUAUACCGUUGACAAGGUUUUUGGUCCUAGCGCAGAUCAACAUCUCAUAUUUAAAGAUAUUGCGGAGCCACUAUUUGAAGACUUUAUAAAAGGCUACAAUUGUACAAUGCUAGUAUAUGGAAUGACUUCAACUGGCAAAACAUAUACUAUGACAGGGGAUGAGAAAUUGUACGACGGCGAACUGAGUGAUGCAGCAGGGAUUAUUCCUAGAAUCUUAUUCAAGCUAUUUGAUGUAAUGAAGGCGACAGAUUGUGACUAUAUGGUAAAAUGCUCAUAUAUCGAACUUUAUAACGAAGAACUAAAAGAUCUACUAGUGGAUAUGCCUGAUAGCUCAAAAAGGCUACGAAUAUUUGAUUCCAAUAUGAGCAAUGGAAGCCGGUCAAAUUCUCAAGCCAACUCACCAGUAGAAAACGAAACUAGUAGUACGUCAAAAAGACGUUACAAGAGUUUGCCUACUAACUAUAAAAGGCUUUCAAUUGGUAAGCAACAUCAGACCUCUGCAAUUCACAUUCAAAAUCUACAAGAGUUCCAUAUAACAAAUGCAUGCGAAGGAAUUAAGAUUUUACAGAAGGGCUUAAAGCAUCGACAAGUUGCAUCUACUAAAAUGAACGAUGUAUCUAGCAGAUCGCAUACAAUUUUUACCAUUAUGCUCUACAAAAACUAUGACGGCGAACUUUUCCGUAUGUCAAAGAUGAAUUUGGUUGAUCUUGCCGGAUCAGAGAACAUAAACAGAUCUGGAGCACAGAACCUUAGAGCAAAGGAAGCUGGAUCAAUUAACCAAAGCUUAUUGACUUUGGGUAGGGUAAUAAAUUCCCUUGCGGAUAAGAAUAUUCAUAUACCGUUCCGAGAGUCUAAGUUAACAAGGCUUCUACAAGAUUCAUUAGGAGGAAAUACGAAAACUGCUUUAAUAGCCACAAUAUCUCCUGCAAAAAUAAACGCUGAUGAAACCUCUAGUACACUUGAAUAUGCUUCCAAGGCAAAAAAUAUUAUGAAUAGGCCACAGUUAGGAAGCUAUGUUAUGAAGGAGAUAUUGGUUAAAAAUAUAUCAAAGGAACUGUCCAAGCUUAAAUCAGAUUUCUUGUCCACGAAGUCGAAAGAUGGCAUAUAUAUGAGCCAUGAACAUUAUCAAGAAUUAAUUAAUGACUUAGAAAAUUAUAAGACAGAAAUACAAGAAUCUAAACGACAAGGUGAAAGCCUAGUUUCUCAAAAUGCAUUGCUAUUAAAGGAAAGGAAAACGCUACAAGAGGUGAAUGACAUGCAGCAAGCCAAAACAAAAAAAUUACAACAUACAAUUGAUUAUCUUCAGGAUAAAAUUGAAAGGCAACAUCACAAUGAGAUUGAGUUAGUAAACAUGAUCCAGAAACUGAGGGAUGCUUUACAUACAAUGCAAGGGUCACUGAAGUUAUAUGAAACCCAUGAGCAGCGCUUACAAAGUGAUAUAAAGGAAAUUCUCUUCCAGGGAAUGACUUCGUAUAGGGAAUCUAUGGAGGAACAUUUGGACUCGGUUAAACUGAACAUGCUUGAUAAGGACCUUUCCAUUGAAGAAAAUUUGGACAGCAUUAAUUCGAUAUUCAAUAGUGCAUUGGAUUCUAUACAGUCUGGAGGUAUUAGUAUGUGUGAAGAUAUAACUGCCCUGGCAAUGCGACAACCUUCCCUAUUCUACAAGCAAAUAAACUCUAUUGUAAGUGAGUUAAAGACUAAAGUGGACGGAUAUUCUGAAAUCUUGACUAAUAAGCUUACCGAAAUGUGUGAGGAAAAUAAUAACUUAAAUGAAUAUCUGGGUGAGUAUUUAUUUAAAAACAAUAACUUCGAAAUGUUAGACUUAAAGUUACAAAACGUAUAUGAAGAAGUUAAAAUUUCAUCUCAAUCGUUGAUUUCGAACUUUGCCUCAAUGUUGGAGGCGCAUGUGGAACAAAGCAAGACUCUGCUAGUUAAUUCUAUGAAAGAUACUGUUUCGGAGAUGAUUAAUAGCGAAAAAACUCUAUUCCAGCCCGUUCGAGAGAGAUGGGUGUCGUCUUUUGAAAACUUAAACCAAUGUGAUUCGAUACAUCAAAAAUUCCAAGGUGACACAACAAAGCUGGUUUCAAAUUUGGAGGUUUUAGCAGAUGACUUCGUUAAGGAUUCUGGUAUCACAUGCGAUCAAAUGGGAACCAGCAUUGAUAAUUUCAAGGAACUGGUGCAAAAAUUAUCUGAGAAAGAAGCAUUUAAGAAGCAAAUUAGCGAUCUCCAUUCCAAACAUAAAAUACUGGAGACACAUUUUGACAAUAAUAUCAGGUACUUUAAAGAAUCUAGCAAGGGCUUUGAAGAGAUGGAUUACUCUAUUAAGAGGAUUAUUAAUGAAAUGAAUAUUGACUUGGGCGAUGUGCAUUCAGUUGAAAUGCUUUUAGAACGAAUAAGCUCACGGUCUUUUGGUCCAAUUGCAUCUACCGGUAAAACUCCCAUUAGACAAAUUUUGAGAAAGGCCCCAACUGUACCCCGCUCAAGGUCAAUGUCACCGAUCAAGAACCUUAACACAAAUGUUGUACACGUACUAAAUUCUCUGAAAAGAUCGAACACUGAUGUCGACCUGGAAGGUUCCGCUAUAAAAAAAGUAAAAUAA